GUCCAGCUCUCUCCCCGCCCAGUCCGGGUUACGUGGCAGCGCUGCCGUCAGCAGCAAAUCGGCGGCGGACAUAUUACACCGGCCUGUGUGUGCGGAAAGCGGAGAGAGUGAGUGAGAGGGCCCCAGCCUCUGUUCCUGUACUAGACGGACAUUGUGCAGUGCCCCGUCACUGAAAAUGAUGGAAGAGAGUGGCAUUGAGACAACACCUCCCGGUACCCCACCCCCCAGUACCUUGGGGACAUCGAUUGGUAUUUCUACACCUGUGGCCACCCCAGUUCCACCAGUUUUAUCGAGUCCUUUGGCUGGUCCAUCCUUUCCACCUUCUCAGUCUUGCGCUCCUCCUACCUUCUCUUCCCCUCUUCCACCAUCCUCUGUUCCUCCAAUGAGAACCUCUGCUCCUCUGCCAUUUGCAAGUCCUCCUCCUCCUGCCCCAGGGGUACUAUCUACUCCUCUUCACACAUCUGCACCUGCAGUGUUCAGCAGUCCUUUGCCGUCCUUCUCCUCUCCUGCUUCUUUUCCACCUCCUCCUCUCAGCUCUACCCCUGCUCCAGGCUUAGCGGCACCACCACCUAUGGGUCCUCCUGUCACGGGAUUUUCAAUGUCUUCUACCUACGAUAUCACAAAGGGUCACGCUGGACGAGCACCACAAACACCUCUGAUGCCAACCUAUUCUACACCCCCUGUCACAGUUCUGCCAAAUCCUGUUAUACAACAUGGUCCUAGUACUGCAGGAUCAUCCAUUACCUUUCCAGAGGAGCCUGAUGAUCCCCGGGUGCACGCACCCCUUAAUGAAGGACCUACUGGUGGGAUAUGGGGCUUUAUUAAGGGAGUGGCUGGCAAUCCUAUGGUGAAGUCUGUACUGGAUAAGACCAAACAUUCAGUAGAGAGUGUGAUCACCACGCUGGACCCUGGCAUGGCUCCUUAUAUCCGAUCUGGAGGAGAGCUUGACCUAAUAGUGACAUCUAACAAAGAGGUGAAGGUUGCAGCUGUUCGUGAUGCUUUUCAGGAGGUGUUUGGAAUGGCUCUUGUAACAGGGGAAGAUGGACAGUCAAAUAUUGCACCACAGCCUGUUGGAUAUGCUGCUGGGUUAAAGGGAGCCCAGGAAAGAAUAGACGGAUUACGCAGAAGUGGUGUGAUCCAUGAGAAGCAACCUGCUGUGUCAGUAGAAAACUUCAUUGCAGAGCUGCUGCCUGACAAGUGGUUUGAUAUCGGUUGCGUCAUUUUGGAUGAUCCAAUUCAUGGCAUUCGUUUAGAAAACUUUACACAAGCUACACCUUUGCCUAUGGAAUAUGUACAGCAGGCCCAAAAUCUUACCCCGCAAGACUACAACCUCAGGUGGUCUGGCCUUUCGGUGACAGUGGGUGAGGUACUGGAGAGAAAUCUACCACAAGUCAGUAGGACUGAUUGGCACGUGGCUUUCACAGGCAUGUCCCGUAGGCAGAUGAUUUUCAGCGCAGCCAAAGCUCUGGCAGGAAUGUACAAGCAGCGACUCCCACCAAGAAUACUUUGAAAACAAGCAGCAGGACAUGAAGCUUUUUUUGUUUUAAUGUUUUGUAGAUAUGAAAAGUAGACUUAACAACAUGGCACAAACUGUAGUUUUCAGGUUUAUAAGAAAACGCAGAAACCUUGCAAGAAUGCCUUCAAUGGAAAUGCCACCUUUGCAGUACAAUCAAGAGGUUACAUCAUGGUUAUGAAAGACGUAUACAUUUUGAAAAUGCCACCCCUUUAGCCUGCAAUGUGCCUAGCUUGACCAAGUCCAGUAGUUUGUUGUAUCUUUGCCUUUAUAUUCAUAGGCAGACUCCUAUCAAUAUCUAGGUUAACCUGAACAUGUAUAAAAUUAAUUAUAUGUAUUUAUCAAGCUUUAAUUACUGUUCUUCAAUGCAUUUGUUAUUAAAAAAAAAACAACAUGUUCAUUCACUUUUUAUAUCCGAAAAUCCUGUAGCCUGGACAAAUAUAUUGGCUUUGAUUCACCUUUUAAUUUUUUUUCUUUUUAGUAUAGUAGAUUUUGUAGUGUUUUGCUAUCAUCAACAUGGAGAUCUUAGAAUAUUUUGGAUGUGAGACUAAUAACUAUGGUGCUUUGUUGGCAGGUUAAGUCACACAUUUGUACUACAAAUCUCAGCUCUGUAUUCUUGGUUAUCACUACACAGAAAUAGUUUAGAAACAACAUCCAGUUAUCUGUUCAUAAUUUUGUGGGAAAAUAUUGGUUAUGCCAAGCAAGCAUAAUGUGCUAUUAGAAAGCAGUAGCAGAGCGAAUGUCCCCUAGAACUACAAAAGUUUACCGUUGUAUUUGAUUUUUAAGGGAAAAUUGAGAAUGCAAGUAAGGGGCAUCACAUUUUCUUUUUAUGUACCAUUCUAUUUGAUGUAAUUAAUAAAUAAAGGUACCUAGAGA